GUGAUGGCGACCGCAGGUUUGUGAUUUGAGCGGUGUGAACAGUGGACGCUAAGAUAAGUUAGAAUUUAAAUAUGACAUGGAGUGAGCAGCGGACGCAGUGUCGGAAGGUGGAACACCGACAUAGGCUAAUUGAUUGCGAAAUAGACGGGUCAUGCAAAUGGAGUGUGGUCUAUUUAUUGGGAGGGAGAUAGUCGGCGAGUCCUAAGCGGAUCCUUCGAUGGGACUGCAAGGCAGUGGAACGUGGAGAGAGGAGAGACAAUGCUCGAUCCAAACAAGACAGGGCACAAUUCAGUCAUCUACUUGCCAGACGCGACUAGUGGAGACGAGCUCUCGAUUGAUGAAUAUGAAUAGCAAACACCCAGUCAAAAUUUGGGGUACGACCUGCAGCGAGUCUGACCAUGUAAAGGACACGUGUAUUGGACCACGUACAGUCCGGCUCGGAUGGAAAAACCCAAUUUCUACUACAACCUGGCAACAGACCGUACUGCUGAAAGGGUACAAGUCUUGCAUAUCCCCGAAUGGCUGCAUCACCGCAAGCGCAUCAUAUGACAACACAACGCGAUUAUGGAACCUCGGCGAGUGGUUUAUGAAGGCAUGACUAUCGGUCUGCAACUGAGAUGCUUCUCGAAGCCAAAUGGAUCCCGUCUGUUUCACUCUCCCUUGCUCCGAUUUGCGCAUUGCCUCGAUUGCUGUUCUAACAGUAGAGUUAGACAAAUUUCUCGCCCUUCAAAACAAUGGGAGCGAAUCUGAGAGCCAUUCGGUUACACCC